CUUCCAAGAAAAGGACAAAGGAAUCCUGGUUCAACAGUCUGUUGGAAGACUUAGUUUUGGCCGGAUCGCUGCCAGAAAUGCAGAAAAUACAGCACUCACUACUGGCGGUCGUGACUUCCCAUAUUAUGAGGUACUGUCUUGCAGCCAGAGCUCAGGAGCUAUUCCUGAAUGGUGCAUUAUGGAGCCGCAGCUUGCCCAUGCAUAUCGAUAAUAUGCAGUCACGAUCAGCUGCCUUCCAAUCACAGUAUCGCUCUGAGCUUGAUGAGCUGAUGAAGCAAGCAGAAGCGAAGCAGCUUUCUUUCCCAAUCAGCUUUUACGCCCUGGGCACGUUAGUCGGGUCAAUCGCCCUUCGGGCUUGCCAAGAACCUCAGAGAUUCUUAUGCCUAUCUACAAGAAAGAGGAAGAGCAAGUGGAAGAUACUGGAAGCUAUAUCCUUUCUCUAAUACCUGGAACGCAGGCCAUUAUGACGGACGCCUUAUAAGCUAUAAUAUCCUUAUCAUUCCUACCUUAUUCGGUGUGCUCUUACCUCGAGUAACCGGACAAACGCAAAAGCAUUAUAAAAGCCUGUGAGGCCAUAAAUCUUAUCUCGCAGGGCAGUUGUAAAGGCAGCUGUGAGGAGAGCUAAACCCUAGGGCGUCAUUACCGUAGAUGCCGUUAGGUCACGGUUGGUAAGUACGUCUCGAGCAUAAUUGGGUUGGCAUUGUGCCGCGUCCAAGCCCCCAUUUGAUGAAGCUGGUGGGCCUGGGGAAGUACUAUCGAUGGA